AUGAAUGCUUUCAUAACCGGAUUGCUACUUCUGAUUGCAUUCCCAGAGCAGGUGCUACCUCAAAAGUAUGCAUAUGUCUCUGUUCUCUCCUCAAAUGACUUUUUGAUUCCUGCAAAAGUUUUGGCAUAUCGUCUGAAGAAGUUGAAUGCAUCCAUUCCGUAUAUAAUCAUAGUGACGCAAGAUAUAACUGAAAAUUCUGUGAAUGAGUUGAAGGAGCAAGGAGUCAUUGUACAUAAUGACAGUAAAAUUGAUACGCCGUAUAUCAAAACCCAUAAAGCUAGAAAGUAUCAGUAUACCAAGAUCCGAUUAUGGGCUAUGACAGAGUUUGAUGUAAUUGUCCAUCUGGACUUGGAUGUUCUACCCACUCGUGAUAUUUCCACUUUAUUCGAAUGCGGUAGUUUCUGUGCUGUUUUUCGCCAUUCCGACAUGUUCAAUUCGGGUGUCUUCGUACUUAAAACUAAUGAGACCAUAUUCCAUGACAUGGUAGAACACGUUCAAACCGCCGAGUCUUACGACGGUGGAGACCAAGGAUUCUUGAAUACAUACUUUCAUGACUUGAAGUAUGCACCGAUGCAUGAUCCUUCUGGGAAACAACCAAAAUGUGAAAAUUUUACUAUGAGUCGGUUGUCGGCAAAAUUUAACUAUGACAUUGGGAUGUAUUACUUGAAUAAUGGAAGGUUCUUGGUAGAUCCAGAUAUUAUUCAUUAUACAAUGGGACCAACCAAACCAUGGCUAUGGUGGACAUACCCGUUAUUUGAUUUGAACUGGAUGUGGUUGGAUGCAAGACAAGAAAUGGAACAAGGAUCUAAUGUAGAAUUAGACACCUGCGUUGCCCUAGCUGCAACGAAUUGUCUACUAAUAGUGUUUCUGGUAGUUUUGAAAAUUGCACUUGAACACUUUGUAGUCAACCUGACUACUGAUACCAUCAGUAACAUGGAAACACAUUUAGCGUCCCAAUCAAUCUACGCGAUAUCUGUUUGGUUUUCGCUAAAAAUAGCGCAUCAAUCCGCACAACCUGUAGCUGCUUGGGUAUUUUUCGCGUCGAAUGUGGCCUGGACAGCAGCUAUCCUUACUUCAAUCUACACACGACUACGCUCUGGAGUAAAUGCCAAAGUGAAGUCGAUACUAUCCUGUGUAUUCUUCACAAUGCUAUCUUAUGCUCUUUCCUGGUUGAUUCUCGUCCAAAUAUCACAUUUCAAUACUAGAGUUCUCUUCGCAAUCCUUUCCAUUCUUGCCCAACAGAUCCUUGUCGUCACAUACAUUCGGUAUGCACUUAUUGUCAAACCCUGCAGACAGCAGAUUCACAAAUAUCAAAUUCUUCCCAGCAACCAUCAUGUCGCAUAA